CCGCCCGUCAGCUCGGCCGGAGCCCGGGGCGGCUCGGGAAGCAGCAGCGCCCGGGGCGGGCGGGUGGCCCGGGCGGAAUGGCGAGAGCGCCGUGCCGUCCGCACCCCUGGAGCUGGUGCUGCACUGGAUGGUGUCGUGCCCUGGCUUGGGCAGCGUCGUGCGGCUCCUGGAUGGGUUGGAGCUGCCCGACGGCUUCGCGCUGGUCAUGGAGCGUGCGGAGCGCUGCCGCGACCUGUGGCACUUGCUGGAGGCGGGCGGGUCCCUGCCAGAGCCCGUGGCGCGGGGGCUGUUCCGCCAGGUGCUGCAGGCCGUGCAGCACUGCACCAGCCGCGGUGUCCUGCACCGCCGCAUCAAGGCCGAGAACGUCCUCGUUGACCUGGCCAGCGGCGAGGCGAAGCUCAUCGAUUUCGGCUGUGGCACGAUCCUCCAGGACACCUUCUACACCUGGAUGGCAGGAAGGCGAGAGUAUUACCUGCUGGAGUGGAUCCUCUUGGGCUGCUACCACGGCCAGCCAGCCACCAUCUGGUCCCUGGGACCUUCACAUCAGCUGGUGUGGAGGCACCUUCCUUUCAAAACCAGAGAGGGCAUCGUACAAGGCCAGCUCUUCUUCCCGCCCCGGGUGUCUCAAGAGUGCCAGCACCUCAUCAGGUGGUGUUUAUACAUGGAGCCUGCAGACAGGCCAUGCCCGGAAGACCUUGUAGAGCAUUCUUGGCUGCAGAUGCCCCACGUGGUGCAGGAGACAGCAGAGAUCCAUCCCUGUGCACAGUUGGAUCCAGGAGCCCAGCAAGGUCCAGCUGCUGGCGUCUCGUGGUGCUCAGAGAAAUGCCCAGAGCGUUUCCCUGCGGCCGUGGCGUGGAGCAGAGAGCGCGGCCCAGGAGAUGCUUCCGCGGGUCCCCGGCGAGUGGUGGAGGGAGCGGCUCAGGGCUCCCCGUCCUAUUGGAGAAGUCGUGGCACAGGGCGGUGAAGUUGCCCCGGAGUGGAAAAGGGGAAACAUCCCCCUGCAGCUCAAUGGCAUCGCGAUGUCCCCGCAAGCCGAGGCACAGCUGGCGUGUUCUUGUGGAGCACGAUGCGGAGCCGGAGAACGCCAUCCUCGAGCUGGCCGCUGGCGGAGCGAAGCCGAUGGGCUUUGGUUGCGGCCCCUUCCUGGAGGACACGCUCUGCACCCUGGGGAAAUCAAGAUGAGUCCCCAGCCGGCGCAGGGGCGGGGGGAUGCUCGUGCUUCCAGGCACGGCAGGGCUCGGCCUGGCCACGCGCCGCACGUUCCCCGCUCGGCGGCAAUGGGGAAUAUCGAUGUCUCCGCCGCCCGCCCAGCUGCUUUUUGGCGGGACAGGGGACGGGUGUUGUGGAAAGGGAGCCGGCUCCUGGCCUCUCUGACAGCUUCUGCCAGCAUGCCUGCCACGGGCUGGUGUGGGGGCAGCCAGCCUGAGCAAAGCAUCCAUCUGUGUGGAUGGUGAGCGGCAGAGGGGGACGGGUUCUGGAGCCAGGCCCCGGCUGCUCUGCUUUGCAGGCCCUUGAGGAAGGGAUGGGCUUAGGGGUGGGAAGGGUGGGGUUUUUCCCUACCCAUGGAGAGGUUUCAUUAUCGCAUGGAGUGGUCAGACCCUCCCUAAGCCUGUGAAACGGUGAUAACCUUUGGCACUUUUUCUUGUUUCCAGAUCUUGUUUGGAAUUGACUUUCAUGCAAUUGUUCUUUUGUAUUUUCCAGGAAGAUUGCACCUGGUGCCCGGACGGGGUGGGGAAGUGCCGGCACCAUCCAUGGAGUCCAUCUAGUGCCGGCACUCCCCCAGGGGACCACGGUGUGCGGGGACAUCCCCUUCAGGAAGGACGAGGACCUUGUGUGGGAUCAGCUCCUCUCCUGGCAGCAGAUCUCCAGAGGUGGGUACCCAGUUCCACAGCACAGGUGGCAAGGAGUGCUUGGGGCAGAGGGCAGCGGGUACAUGAGAGUCUCACUCUUGCAGCUGCUGAGGAGGUUGCUGUGCCAUGCUUAAUCAGAAGAGGUGGAGUGUGGCCUGCCAUGCUGCUCUCCUCUAAAAAUGGGAGCAUGGGUCGGGAGGUUUGGGCUCUGAGCACAGGCAGCAGCUCGGCCCACGCACAGGCCGUGGUGGGACACAGGGGACAGGAGCCUGCUCUGACUGACCGUGGCUUUCUGGUUUCUCUGCCCAGACUACCAGCACCUCAUGCCAUGGAAACGGCACCGCUUGGCCGGCCAGUCUGGGAGGGCUGGAGGGUGGCGGGUGUUCACUUUCUGUCAAAAAUAAACCUUUUUCUUGUUAUUAUCAUCAUCACUGGAGUGUUUCUUUCAUCCUUUUCCAAGCUUUUGGCCUCCCUUCUUCCAGAGAAA